AUGGCUUUCAGCCAGUACAAGGUCACACCGUAUCUGGUGUACCUGGUGUUUAUCACCACACUCGGGCCGCUGCAAUUCGGAUAUCAUUUGGCUGAACUCAACGCCCCCCAAUCCGUAAUAACAUGCGAACGCCAAAGCAUCCACUCCUCUGUCGCAAAUCUCUCGCCGCAAUGCAUCCACAUGAACCCCUCGCAAUUCGGCCUCGUAUCCUCUAUUUACACACUCGGUGGUCUCCUGGGCGCCCUGCUGGCCGGUCCCGUCGCGACUAGAUAUGGACGAUUAAUCGUCCUACGAGCAACGACCAUUUUUUUUAUCCUGGGUCCCCUCGCGAUGACAAUGGCAGGUAGCAUCGCCGUGAUAAGCGUUGGUAGGUUGGUAGCUGGAGUCGGGGCGGGAGCUGCUAUUGUGGUUGGGCCGAUUUACAUAUCGGAGAUUGCGCCUCACAGUGCCCGGGGAUUCUUUGGUGCCUUUACGCAGAUUAUGACCAACGUUGGUAUUCUCUUGACCCAGACAUUGGGAUUGUUUAUGAGCAGAGGGAACAAGUGGAGGCAAAUACUCUUUAUUGCUGGUGUCAUCGGAUUCGCGGAACUUUUGGGUCUCUUCUUCGUACCGGAAAGUCCGAUUUGGCUGGCAGAGCACCAGAAAACGACGCAGGCGCGGCAGGUACUACAGCGCAUUCGAGGCAAGAACGCGGAUAUCGAUACCGAAAUUGAAGGGUGGAAUGUCUCCACGGACCCUGCCGACCCAUCCGCCGAAGAGGAGUCUCUUCUCGAGCACCCCUCGGGCGAGGCAUCUUCCAAGCAACCUCCGGUUACCAUCCUGCGUGCUAUUACAGACCCUGAGUAUCGUCAAGCGAUUAUCGCUGUGAUUGGGGUCAUGGUCGCCCAGCAGUUCACUGGUAUCAACAGUAUCGUGAUGUACAGUGUUUCGCUGUUACAGACUAUUCUCCCGACUACGGCCGCGUUACUCACCGUAAUGAUCUCCGCUAUCAAUCUCGUCAUCACGUUGGCCUGCUCCCCGCUACCGGACAAGAUAGGUCGACGAAAGUGCCUUCUCCUGAGUAUCACUGGGGUAGGUAUCGACUCUGUCCUGCUGGCCCUAGGAAUCUACUUCAACCAGAAGGCAUUGUCUUCCAUCGCGGCAUUACUAUUCGUCGCAUUUUUCGCCGUAGGCCUGGGUCCGGUCCCCUUCAUCCUGUCUUCUGAACUGGUCGGACCAGAGGCCGUUGGGGCGACGCAGAGCCUGGCACUGGGGGCUAACUGGAUUGCAACCUUUGUGGUGGCGCAGUUCUUCCCUGUUGUUAAUGAUGCUUUGGGUGGUCGCGGAAGGGUAUACUGGAUAUUUGCCGUGUUGGCGGCUGUUAUGGGGUCUUUUAUUUAUAGGUUUGUUCCGGAAACGAAGGACAAGGCCAAUGCUGAUGAGGUAUGGGGACGGGAGAACCGGAGACGGGAUUGA